GGGUGGGACUAUGUUUAGUUUUUAUAUGUUUACUGGACAAAGCAAGUUGAUUUUACAACUCCGUCUCAGUUUGUGCUGGUAACUUGAAUACAAGCAUGUCUAACGCGGAAAAGGGUGGCUGUGGAGGAGGUAUGGCUACAGACAGUAGAAAAGCACCUGGCCGAGCAGGCAAUCUAACAGAAGUGGAUGCCUUUUAUGGAAGUGGCAUCUCUUUGGACCCUGCAGAGGAGUACAAGUUCGACCACAAGCGCCGUGGCCUGGUGCUCAUCUUCAACCAGGAGAACUUUUUCUGGCAGCUGGGCUUGAACCCGCGCUACGGCACCAACGCUGACCGCUUCAACCUGGAGAAAAGGUUUGAAACUUUGAACUUUGAGGUCAACGCCUAUGACAAUUUGAAGAGGGAAGAAGUUUUGGCGAAGAUCACUGAAGCGGCGGAGUCUAACCACGUGGACGCGGACUGCUUCAUGUGUGUGUUCCUGAGUCACGGCGAGAACGACCACGUGUACGCGUACGAUGGAAAGAUCAGCAUCCACGACGUCACCGCCUUGUUCAAAGGAGACAAGUGCCGAAGCCUCGUCGGGAAGCCUAAGAUCUUUAUACUACAGGCUUGCCGUGGGGACCAGCAUGACCUGGCAGUGACCCCUAUGGAUGUGGUGGACAGCGAGGCGAAGGUGAACGAGGUGGUGGUGGACGCUGGUGUCCUCCACACACUGCCGGCAGGGGCGGACUUCCUCAUGUGCUACUCUGUGGCCGAAGGGUACUACUCCCACAGGGAGACGGUCAACGGCUCCUGGUACAUCCAGGACCUGUGCGACACCCUGCGGAGCUUCGGCGAGUCCCUGGAGUUCACGGAGCUGCUGACGCUGGUGAACAGGAAGGUGUCCCUGCGCAGCGUUGGCCACGCCGCCGACCGCAGCGCCAUCGGGAAGAAGCAGGUGCCCUGCUUUGCCUCCAUGCUCACCAAGAAGCUCUAUUUCCGAACCAAACAGUAGGCGACUGUACGGCGUAUCGCUGAGCCCUUGUCCCACUUUCGUUUACCUAAAGCCCAGCUUUUGGAGCUUUGAUUUUAAAAAUGAAAUUUCUCUUCCUGUACGGUGUAACCUUCUGACCAAAGCUUUCAUUUGAGUUCAAAGUGUCUUCUUUGUAUUUGAACGAACGAGAUUGCUGCAUUGAGCAUUCGCUGAUAGUUUUUAAUCAAGAGAUGGUCACUUAGUGCAGGUUUAACAAUGAUUGAGUGGAAUUCACGUGUUCAAUGCAUAUCUUUGUUAUUCAUCAAUGCUGUGAUGCCACUUAGUCCCUCACCACUUCAAAUGUCGGUACACGUUUGCUCAGUUCCAAAUAUGAUUCUGUUGUUACUAUACUGAUAUGAUGCCAGCGCCAUUUUGUAACAACCACAUCUACAUCAUGAAGUACAGUGCCUUUCUUGUUCAACCCUUGUUAUCACAGAUAUGCUGACGUGUUCAACCAAUGAGCCUAACUUUACAAAAAUGUCCCAUUCUUGAAAAGUGUAAAAACACAACGGAAGACGUAGAUAAAGUAAGACGGAAAAUGUAUCACUAACGGAUCUAAUGGACCUUUUAAGCAUAUGUCAUCAAAAAAGGGAAUUCAUGUUUGUCUUGGGAUGUAGGGCUUUAGACAGAAAAUGUCACUGAGCUUGUUUUACAAUCAGAGUCGGAGUCAAACACAUUCUUAGCAUAGAGGUGUGUGUAUGUUAAAGAUGUUGGUUUAAACCAUGCACACUGUGUGACACACUACACUUCUCAGGGAGUCAGUCCACCUGCACACACUACAUAUGCGACACAUGUGUUUUUAUAGUGUUGUGGUAUUCUAUCCUUACACGGGUUUACAUUAAACUACAUAUGCAACUGAUGCCUACAUUAAACAAAUAUAUACAAAUCAAUCCUUUAAGCCUCUGACAAGGCAAAUCCGUGUUUUCAUUUUAAGUAUGUAAUUAAGGGCCGUUUAUACAUCUAAUUUGCAUUACAAAUAGUCAUAAGAAUCAAUCUUAUGUACUUUCUGAUACCAGGUUAUGUUUGGGAUUAAAAAGGGAUCUGCAACGGCAAACUCUUGAACUAAUGAGUGAAUCGAUUUCUGUGGGAUUGCUGCCCGAUGAACAAAAAAAAUCGGAUGCAACCAAACCUUAUACGCCUCCGCGUCUAUAGAAUCAAAUAUAUUUAUACCAUUCCAUCUUAUAUACAUGCAGCAAGGACAUUUGACGAUGGCAUUCAUUGUGUCAAGCCGUUGAGUAGACCCCCCCCCCCGGCCUAAAUAGACACGUGGGCAAACCUACAGCUGAAAUCCUGGUAAACAGCCUCAUAUUUGUUCAGACCAAUAAUAUUGGUGGAGGUUGGGAUCCAGCUAUAAUGAAACCGUGGACUGGAUUGAGGCUCAGCCGCAAGUGUUUUAAAACAUGUUUGACCGAUGGAGACCUUUCUUAAGGAUAUGCUAAUACGGUACCUGACCAAUACAAUUCUAAGGAUUGAUAGCUUGUCUUAUUCUAAUCAUUACAAUGUGAAUAUAAACACUUGCAUGCUGUACUUUGGGUUCAUAUAAAGAUAUCCAGGCGUGGCUGGGUAUAGGUCAAUGAAGCGUGCCACGGACACUCUCACGCAAUCCGGAUCAUAGGGCUGAUAAGCUCAUUUUAUUUUUCUUAACAAAAAUUUCUAAUGAUGUUUAUUUACUCAAAGGUUAUAUGCACAAUAAGACAUUCAAUUUUGCCACAUAUAUGAAUGUUAUUUUUGGUAACUUGUCAGAGGCUUUAGGAACAACUCAGGAAAGUUGUUUUCCAUCCACAACCGACAGACUUAAACUGGUUGGGAGGAUUCCCCAACAGUUUCUCUUUUCAUAAAACGUGUAC